UUGUGGAGGACUGACUAUAAAAGGGUGGACUUGGGGGUUGCAAAGCUCUUCGUAGAAGAUAGCUUGUAGCACCGUAAGAGCUUGUACUGUGCAACACCCAGAGAAACACAAGCUCAUAUCUUAUAUACUUGUAGAGAAUGUCACUAGUGGAAGAAGGAGCUGAUGAUUACACCCAAGAUGGAACCGUCGAUCUCCGGGGGAAUCCUGUCCGUCGGUCGAAGCGCGGCGGAUGGACCGCCUGCUCCUUCGUCGUUGUGUAUGAAGUCUUCGAGCGGAUGGCGUACUAUGGAAUCUCGUCCAACCUUGUGCUCUAUCUGACCAAGAAGCUCCACCAAGGCACGGUCACGUCGGCCAACAAUGUCACCAACUGGGUCGGCACCGUCUGGAUCACGCCCAUCCUCGGCGCGUAUGUCGCCGACGCCCACCUCGGCCGCUACUGGACCUUCAUCGUCGCGUCCGCCAUCUAUCUCACGGGCAUGUUGGUGCUGACCCUGGCGGUCUCGCUUCCCGGCCUCAAACCGCCUCCGUGCUCGGCAGCGAACGUCGGUGAUUGUGAGAAGGCCUCCACAUUGCACCUCGCCAUCUUCUACGGCGCACUGUACACGCUGGCGGUUGGGACCGGCGGGACCAAGCCCAACAUCUCGACGAUUGGCGCGGACCAGUUUGACGACUUCGACCCAAAGGAGAAGGGCCACAAGCUGUCCUUCUUCAACUGGUGGAUGUUCAGCAUCUUCUUUGGGACCCUCUUUGCCAACACCGUCCUGGUGUAUAUUCAGGACAACGUGGGCUGGGCUCUCGGGUACGGGCUCCCCACCCUCGGGCUCGCAAUCUCGAUUGCGAUCUUCCUCGCGGGGACCCGUUACUACCGGCACCGGGUGCCUGCUGGCAGCCCGUUCACAAGGAUGGCCCGGGUCAUCGUGGCCGCCGGAAGGAAGUGGAGCGUGCGGGUCCCGAGUGAUCCGAAGGAGCUUCAUGAGCUUGACCCACAAGAGUAUGCCAAGAAGGGGAAAUUCAGGAUCGACUCAACACCAACCUUGAGAUUCUUGAACAAAGCAUGCGUCCAAACCGGGACGACUUCUCCGUGGAAACUAUGCUCGGUCACCCAAGUUGAGGAGACGAAACAAAUGCUGCGGAUGAUCCCGAUCCUGAUUGCGACUUUCGUCCCGAGCUGCAUGGUGGCUCAAAUCAAUACCCUCUUUGUCAAGCAAGGAACUACCUUAGAUAGGAGCAUCGGCAGCUUCAAGAUCCCCCCGGCGAGUCUAUCUGGAUUCGUGACCAUCUCGAUGCUCGUCUCUGUUGUGUUGUACGACCGCUUCUUCGUCAAGAUCAUGCAAAGAUGGACCAAGAACCCGAGAGGCAUCAGUCUUCUUCACAGGAUGGGAAUUGGCCUCGUCCUCCACAUCGUGAUCAUGACCGUGGCGUCCUUCACCGAGAGAUGGAGGCUCCGAGUGGCUACGGAACACAAUUUGGUUGAAUCGGGAGGACAAAUACCACUGACGAUCUUCAUCCUGCUUCCUCAAUUCGUGCUCAUGGGAACAGCCGACGCAUUCCUGGAAGUAGCAAAGAUCGAGUUCUUCUACGACCAAGCGCCGGAGAGCAUGAAGAGCCUGGGCACGUCUUAUUCAAUGACCACCUUGGGAAUCGGGAACUUCCUCAGCAGCUUCCUCCUCUCCACGGUGUCGCACAUCACCAAAAGGCACGGCCACCGUGGGUGGAUACUAAACAACCUGAAUGCGUCGCACCUCGACUAUUACUAUGCCUUCUUCGUGGUGCUCAAUAUUCUGAAUUUUGCGUUCUUCCUGUUCGUGGCGAAACUCUAUGUGUAUCGCGCUGAGGUCUCGGAUUCGAUGGUGGUGCUCAAGGAAGAAUUAAAAGGGCUGGAGAAGGUACAUAACCAGGAAGUGCCAGUGACACAGCUCUGUGAUAGGUAAAAUGUCACCGCUCGGGUUUGCAACGAAUAGAUGAUAGUGAAACAAUGCUUAUAGCCUAAGGUCUACCUGGUGUAGAAUAUCCAGCACUUGUACGGCUCUUGCCGUCGCAUCGUAGCGUAGCUUAACAUUUAUACACAGAUGAUGAUGAUGUUUAUACUUC